AUGGCGGCCGGCGCCCCCGCCUCGCCGCACCCCGGCUCCUACCGGGAGUACCUGCGGGCGCGCGUGACGGCGCGGGACCUGCGCUACCUGGAGAGCGAGGAGGUGGCAGAGCAGCUGGUGGAGCUGGGCUUCUGUGGCUCCGGGGACGUGCUGCAGCGGGAGGAGUUCGAGGCCCAGGUGGCAGCGGCGGAGGCGCUGGCAGCAGCAGCACCCCAGAAGUCACUAGCAAGCGUAGGAAAAGAGCUGAAAGACAACUUUCUGCGGGCCCUGGCAGAAAGAGAGGAAGCCAAUCGUACUGGAAAAAUUUCUUCCAUAAUCUUCAUUCGUGACCGAAAUUCUCGUCGCCAGGAGGUGUCUGCGUACAUUGACUAUGCACACAGGCUGACAACAGAUGACUUUGAGGCCUACUUCAGCGGGAAGAAAAAGCUUUUCCCUCGGAACUCUGAUCUGAGCUUUUACAACUGGGAUAGAAAUGUCAGCACUUCACAUUCCAGCCCAAAUUACCAAGUGAUUGCAGAAAAUGCCUGUGGACUACUCUUCAAGAACAAAAGCGAUAGGAAAAUAAUAAAUGUGGAUCCCAAGGCCCACCCAGGAGACAGCACAACGCGGACACCUGUUGAAACAGAUCUCUAUCUCCACGUUGUUAUCUAUGACCACAUCGUCAGAAGAGGGACCUAAGUCCCAUCUGUGUGGCUCUUCUCCCAGUGAUUGGUUCAGCCAUUUUAAAGUCAUCUGGAAGAAAAAUAAACAGUUGAAAGACCUUUACCUUGUGUUCAGGGCCAGAAAGGGGGAUUUUUAUACUGAUUUAGAGUUGUUUUGAGCCUUGUUCCUUGAGGGAAGUCAAAGGAAGACCCAAUACUAGCUGUAGAGUCCAUGUAUCUGGGCCCCUUGUUUGUGAAGUCCAUGGGGUAUGUGAAUUGCAAAAGCACCUAAAGGGAAGACAAAGUUUGCACUCAACUUUUCCCACUGCUUCUAAUGUAGCAGGGCAGCUGGGACAGAGGUGCUGCAUUCUUUCCUGGAGUAAAGGAAAGAAACUACUGUCCCAUAGUUCCCCAGUAAUGGGAUGUUUUAAAUUUCUCCUGGGAGAAUUUUUCAGGUAGUCCUGGACCUCUCUUGAGCAGCUAACACAUGUAAUAUGGACCAAGGUAGCAGAGAGAAGUUUUACCAAAUAGACCAGUAAAUGUAAAGAAAUCUGCAGCAUUUUUGAUUACAUUAGUGGUUCUUCGAAGGCCACUUUUCAUCCAUUCCUGCUCUUGCUGCUGUUCCAGUAGCAACUUGCCAGAAAUUCAGGCAGCAACGCGAUGGCCCAAGGGACUCUCUUCCAUUCCCAGGGCACCUGGGGAAGUUGCCCGUACUUACAUGACCCAGCUGGUAUAACCACCAACGUCGCUGUCUGCUUACUAGAGAACUGGGAAACAGCACAAAGUUAAACAGCAGAAGAACUAGCAGGAAACAAAAACAAUAAUUACAUAGAAAAGGAAAAGGAUGUGGAGUUGAAGGCAGAGGAAACAAAGGCAGAAAGUGCCUGGGUAAAAUUCCCUGAACCUUGGUCUUUAAGGGACUGGAUGAUUUUAAGGAUCUUUCCUGGCCUCCAUACUGUGUAUUUGUGAAAAGGACAAGUGAGGCAACUCAGACAAGAAAAAAGAUGGUAGCAGCGCUGCUGGGCUUACCAUAGGGUGAGGUUUAUCUGUCGGCCUCAUCACAAGCGUGUUCCCUUUGGAAAAGGCCGAGAGCCUCGGUCUUAGCAGUUGGCGCAUUAAAAAUCCUUUUACUGCAAGGAGAAGGAGUGUUCCAACAAUUACAAAGUGAAAGUUGGUACUUCAAAGCUGCAGUAAUUUGGGAGAGACUUAGAAGCCUUGUUUUCAUUCCCAUAAAACUUUCAAUGUUAUGAAGUUCUGCCAUUUCCAAAAUAUCGUAAAAUCUUUUACUGUAACAUCUUGCUUUUACAUAGAGCACUUCAUCCCAGAGCACCCUGAAGUUUUUGCAGCGAACUGAAGGUUAGUUUGCUGGUCCCUGAUCUGCAGCCAGGGUGGAGAGAAGUGCCCAACACAUGGCAAGGCCGGGGAAGGUUUUGGGCCUCCUCUCCUUCCUCUGCCGAGCCUCCAUGGCCUCCUCCGUGGUCGGGCCGGCAGAGCCCCCUGCUGUAGACCCAGCAGAUGUGGGCCGGCAGGAGAUCCGACCUGCUGUGGGUCCUUCCACCCGCAAAGCAGGUGGAAAUUCUGAGGUAAAAGCCUGCUUGGAGAGCAAACAGGCAAAGGCAAAUGGCGCCUCUUCCCAGGGCAAUUAAUGGAAGGGAGAAAAGCUCAGGACUGCAGGAACUCUGAUUUUGCAGAGGGGCGUGUGUUGGAAACUACGUCUCCAGAGAGAAGACCUUGCACUGUUAGGGCAGCCUUCUGACCUUGGUGCUUCUAGGUGUUUCCCUCAUUUAGCUCUACCAAACAUAAAGAUUUUGAUCAUUCCUUGCAUGUCACCUGAAAACCAGGCUUCUGUCAUUGACUCAGCUUCGCUUUAUUGCCCCUGUGUCUUGAGGCAUAUCAAGAAAGGGCUAGAUAUUGAGUUACAAAUAUUUUUGUAGCUUUAAAGCAAAAUUGCCUUUAUAGUACAGCUCAGCAUUUGGGAUGUAUUUUCUUAAAGAAAAAAAAAAUCAGAACUCCUGAGCCCAUUUUGAAAAUAUUAGGUUUUGCCUGUCAAGCACUGGUGAGGGAGAAAUCCUCAUUAUGAAGAGUGGUAGAAGGAUCAGUAGGUGG